AUGACCGGUAGUUCUCUUCCAACCAAGAUAGAAAGCAGAGAGGCUGCUGAAGAGUUCAUGAACAAGUAUGAUUCGUUUUUGUUUGAUUGUGACGGUGUUCUAUGGUUAGGAAACUAUCUAUUACCCAACAUCCGUGAAACGCUUGCAAUGUUGAAGUCACGGGGAAAGAAGCUCUACUUCGUGACUAAUAACUCCACGAAGUCCCGUGCGGCGUAUAUGAAGAAGUUUGCGUCCUUUGAUAUACCUGUUAGCCAGGACCAGAUUUUCACAUCAUCCUACGCUGCUGCGCUAUACGUCAGUGGUCACAUCGGGUUGGUGCCAGGUCGCGACAAAGUUUGGGUAUUUGGCGAAUCGGGUAUUAUCGAUGAGUUGAAACUUAUGGGUUACGAUACAUUGGGCGGUAAGGACCCGCUGUUGGACAUACCCUUUGAUCCGGAGACGUCUCCAUUUUUAGUUAACGGCCUUGAUCCAGAUGUUAAAUGUGUCUUAGCAGGGUUGGACACAAAUGUUAACUACCACCGUAUGUCUGUAACGUUGCAGUAUCUACAAAAACCCGGUGUUGCAUUUGUGGCCACAAACUUGGACAGUACACUACCAUUAAAGGGCGUUAUUCUGCCUGGCGCCGGUACCACUAUUUCAAGUCUAGUGACAGCAUCUGGUAGGGAGCCAAUUGCAUGUGGCAAACCCAAUCUGAACAUGUUGCGGUCCAUUAUUGACGCUACUAAUUUAGAUACCUCCCGAACAUGUAUGGUGGGCGACCGUUUGAAUACUGAUAUCAAGUUUGGAACCGAUGGGAUGUUAGGAACCCUUUUAGUUUUAACUGGUAUUGAAACAGAAGAGAAUGCAUUAAACCCAAACAGUGAACUCCCAAGACCUAUGUACUACUCUAAAGGCUUAAGCAUGCUAUAUGAGUUAACAAAUGACGCAUAA